CUUACGUCGCAAAUCGCGAGGAUCGGAUCUUGAUACUGCCCUCGUCUCAUUGUCCGCUACACAUCAACAAACAAGCUGCAGCAUCGAGCUUCCUACGGACCUUUCCAUUGAGCACGAAAAAGUCACUAGCGAGCCCCUUGAUCUCGAGUCCGCCUUGCGACCGUUGUGUUGGUCGCCUUUGCCAGAUCGCACCACCCCAUUUCAGACAGGACCAUCGGAUAGACUGCCCAUCGAACCACUAUCUUCAUAUCCUCGUUAUUCGGAUCGUCCGCAGAUAUACGACCAAACCUAUAAUAACCUCGUCAUCCGAUGAAAGCUCCAUCGAGAAAUGAUUGCCCUUGAGCGGACUCCUCCUCAUUGCGCAGCGGCAAGCCCAACACACCGGACAUGAUGAACAGCAGCAAGGCGAACUGCCCGCCAUUACAAAGACAUAGGAGGAGGUCUGACCAUGUCUCGCCAAGUUCUCCCUCGGUUUCUCGACGAUUUGUCGACCGCCCGAACAGAUAUAGCGACGCUCUCAGUCCUGCCGAACCCGCGUCGAGCACCGACGACUCGGAUAGCCCGUCCCUCAACCUCAACCUCACUCUCUCCUCUCCUGCCUACGAACAUCUCCGAGCCUUGCCAUCAGCGCCUCCCGCCUUGAAGAAUUUCUCAUUCGAGCCUAGACAUUACCAAAGAUUAUCCGAAGAUAAUGGCCGUCCGAGAUAUCGUACGUCGGACGAGAAUGCCCGUCCUGCCACAAGCGACGCCGUGGACGCGAAUGCAACCCUCCCGCAUCCCGCUCUAAGCACUGCCGGUCAGUACACUGAACUCCCCUUGAGACCUGCUCUUGUGCCGUACAAUACCAGUCCCAAUGAUAUCAGAGACAAAAUAUCAUUGGAACGUCAAGCACCAAGGCCUGGAGACGGCGCGUCCUCGCCCAGUUUCCGCAACCACAGCUUUUCUUCGCCGGUGAUGGACCGGCCUACGACUGAAGAGCCCCCUCAUGGAAAGCUUCAUGCAGGGAAGAAGAGCAGAUUGAAUUUACUGAACCCCAUGAGUUUGCUUGCUCGCCGUCGAUCGUCGCAAAACCAAAAGCUUGAGGAUGUCAACCUCAGUAUCAAGACCUUCUCCGUGCCAGCACUUCCAGACGACUUCGACCCAAGUAUCAGAGGCAAGGUUGUGCACGAUUUCUCGGCUCCGCGUACCCGCAGGUUGUACUCUCAGAAUGAUAUAAGCGGCGCAGACUCCCCAGCGCCACGGUCAGCAGAUCCCAAUUGUAUCUACGAGUCGCCAGGCGGAAGGCUGUAUACAAAUGGAACUCCAAAUCUCAACCACAGUCCCAUGUUCAAGGAGCACUUCCAGGAUGAUCGGCCGUCUUUGCGGCCAGAUCGGACAGCAUACUUGCAUAAUUUCAAUGCCUCGCACAUGGCACAUGAACUGCAGGAUCCCGACAGCGUUCCUGAAUUUGCUAAGCGGCUUCCAGCUGUCAUUCCACAGCCCGACGUCGAUUUCAAACCUCUACCUUCAGACAAAGAAAACAUACCUCUGCCACCACCGCCGGUGGUGCCAUCACCCCCACCGCCAACACCGCCGCCUAAGAGCACACCUUCACCAAAGUUUGAUCCACCGCCUGCUGCAGCACUCCCUAAACACAUGACAAGCACUUCAUCACGAUUUAGCUUUCAGCUUGGAGAUCUGGGGUCCUCAGCUCAGGAAAGACUGCUCGAGGAAAAGCACAAGGAGCACGAGGCGACAAAGAAGAUCACUGCUCCUGGUGCUGAAGAAGACGAUGACUAUGCAGACUAUGACUUUGAUGCAGAUGAUGGAUUUGAAGAAAAGAUUCCUGGGAUCAAUGCGAACUAUGAGGAAGACGAUGGCUUUGGGGACGACAUCCCUGAAGCAAACGCCCUUGUGGCCCGCUAUGGACCUCCUCAGCCUGAAGCAUCUGAUCUGUCGCAACUUGUGGUACCAGAAACUCGGCCUACGGAGCUGCAAAGGCGAUCGCUGCAGGGAUUCCACUUCACACCACAAUCAUUGACAUUCAGCCCGACAAGCACAAAUAAUGCAUCUCAACCAACACCACGCGACCACGAAGGAUUCCCGAUCGGAAUCGCCGAUUCGAGAGAAUCCUCUCAACACGGACAUCCAAAGUCUGACGGCAAGGAUUCAAUCGAGAUCGAGCGAGUUUCUCUCCUCGGCGGACUGGGUAUCUCGGCAGCCGAAGUGCCCGGGAGGCGGACUCAGCACACAUCACGUCCCCAAGGCCAGAUUUUCGACGAUGAAGAUCUAUACUUUGAUGAUGGCGAAUUUGGCGACCUGGAUGUUGAUAUUCCCAGCGGCGAGUUUGAUGAGCAAAUUUUCGACGAUGAGACAAGCACAAUUCGUGAUAUCCCCGCGGAGAAUGCCCGUAAACUUGAGGCCGCACGGCAUCUGGCUGGUGCUGACGGCGAAGUCAAGACCGUUAAUCCUUGGGACGACAUUGUUGAUGCAGAACCCUUGGGGGGCAGUGGCACCCGCGCGAAAGGGCCCCCAGCGUCGUUCGAGCCAUCUCAGGCAGAAUCGACACCUCCAGCGAAGCAGAAUCCUGUCGCUGGUCUCACCGAAACCAAUCUCGCGGCUUACCACGAUGCCCUAGCCUUGGCUGCCAAUCAAGCAGCGUCGGAAGGAAAAUUCGACCGAAAAGUGAGCUUCAGCCAGAGUUCGGACGAGACCUCCCAGUCGCCCAGUCAGCGAGGGGUCAUCUCGGACGACAGUCGCUUCAGCUACAAUGUCAGCUCGGCCAUUGCAGAAGAUGAUGGCUUUCCCUUUGACGACGAUCUCGACGACGACCCGAUGAUAGCCGAGGCCAACGCAGAAGCACUGGAAAACGACGACGAAGGCUUCUAUGGUCGUGAGUUUGGAUUCUAUGCACGUUCUCAUUUCAAAGGAAAUUCCGAGCUUGUCAUUGGCGGCUAUUUUGCCGAACGCGGCUCCAACGGCAUCAAGCGCAGCCAUAGUGGCAAGGCGAAUUUUCAAGAGCCUAGUUUGACACCAAUAACGGAACGGAGCGAAUGGAGCACCAGGAAUUCAGUAGUAUCUCUUCACCUGCCAGGCGGGAUGCCUGCUUCAGCGCAAUCUCUGCCUAGUCCAGGGAUUGCUCAACUACUUGAACUCGACUCGCCUGGGUUCGACGAGGACAUGAGUUUUAGUGCGUUGUUGAAGCUCCGUGGACGGACAUUUGGAGGGAGCACAUCCAGUAUCAGCAGCUCGGCUGCUGGAAACUCGGUCAGUUCGCCGCUGGCUCACUUCUCGAAUCACACAUUCCCCCAAGGCGAUCUCAAUGCGGCAAGAAUGUCAUCGUCUCUGCAAGGUCGGUCGUCGCCCGCAGGUAUACCUGAAUCGGAGGAAGAGGAGGAAGAAGCCGACAGGUCGACGUUGACCCAGAACACACCUCGCAAGAAAUCGGUGGAACCCUUUGUCGUGACAUCGCAGGAGGACAUGCCUUCCUCGCCUGGACCUAUGGGCGGCGACCGAAGAAAAGGGCGUCACAGCAGAACCAGCAGUGGCGCCGAGAGUGUUACAUAUUCGCGUGAUAGAGACGGGCGCUGGGUACUGGAAAGAAGGAGGACUGAUGAAGAAAGUGGAGCAGAAGUUGUUGAUCGAGAAAUCUUAGCAGGAGCCCGUAUUUGAGCGUUGGAGAGAUAUACACAGUAUAACGGAUCCUGUUGGACAUUGGUUUUUGUUCCGGAAGAGAAAAGUACAAUACAGACGACGACAUGAUACCCCAUAGAAAUCGAGUACUGCGAUG